AUGUUGGCUUGGGAGCCACAAGACCGCCCAAUUGCUGCCGAAGCUCUUGCAAGCGACGCCUGGAACCUUGUCUGGGCGGAGAAGGAAAAGAAGAAGGGCAAGAAAGAGCAGAAGCGGAAGGCCAAAAUGCAAUUGGACGGGGUCAAGAGAGUUAGGGUGCUCUCACCUGGGGAAGAAGAUUACAAGGUCUUUGAGUCGUAA